AUGACACGCCCUUGUCUCGUGAAGGAUUCCUUAGAAUCUUCCCUGUUGACUCUGAUCGCAGUGGACUGCUUUUUAUCCAGCUAUGAUACCGGAGAGACUGCACUAUAUAUAUCUCGUUGUGGUGGCCACGAUGUGGCCAAGAGAGGCUUAAUCUUUCCACCUACAAGUUUAUAUGGAACGUUCCUUGCUAUUGCCGUACCCCUCGACAUACCGGACAGGAAUGUAUUCGUUUCCUACAAUUUUGAGUCCAACUACGCAGUCAUUAGCAACAUCACCCAGAUCGAUGAAGUUAUAUUUCCAAACCUACCCGUGGUUACUGCACGUCACAGCCGAAGCAUAACACGGGAGUUGGCAUACACGACCCUGGAAACGAAAUUCAAAGAACACGGUAUGGAGGGGAAGAGCUGUAUGCUUCGGAAUAUUUGCGAGGCUGCUGAAACGCCGCUUCAUCACAACGGUCUCUUGGGACACAUAAUGCAUAUUGUUUUCACACCGUCUUCAUCAAAAGAGGAAGGUUUAGACGACGAGUAUUACCAAGCAGAGGCAGACGGUCUGAGAGGCGACUGUGACAAAUAUCUCGACCUCUGCCCUUUUAGUCUCUUUGACGUUGUGACCAGACUCGUUGAAAUACGACAUUAA